UCCACUACACAACAUUGUUUAACGUUGGAACACAUAGAAAUAGUGAGAAAGACCCAUUUGAAGAUUCAACUCUAGAAUGUGAAAAAGUUUCAAUUCUUACAUUCAUUUUCCAAAGUUAGUAAUAAUAGCUUAACUGGGUCAGUUCAUUCUCCAUUGAAGCUUCUUUUCAAAGUGCUAGUUGAAAAAAGAUGCUAACUUGAGGAGAAAAUAUUGUUGGGUUGAAAGAGAGAGUUUUGACUUGACUAGAGUGUGAAGUAGAAGGGAGACAACAACAGCGUAUCAGAGAAAAUCGAAAAAAAUUCGAUUUAGUUUUAGUAAUGUCCUGUUUUGUGCUUAAAAAAUAAAGAAAGUAAAGUAAGAAAGCAUAUAUAAAAAGGUUGUAUAAAAAACAAAAACUAGUACAGAAAGAGAAAGGUGCAGUGCAGUGCAGUGCAGAUCAAGACGAACCCAACCAACCAAUCUGGUCUCAACUGUGUUCAUUGUAUUGUUUCUCUUUCCUAUUCCUAUACAGAUAUGAAGAAGAGUUCAGAGAAAUAGGCAGAAAGAAAGAGAUUUGGUGUUAGUUGGUGUUGUAAUGGGUCUUCUCUUGAAGAUGAAGAUGCAGAAUCAGCACCACCCUUUGGCUUCUAAGUUACAAGAACAAACGGGGAACAAAAGAUACACAUUCAUUCAAGCACAUAGAGCUUGGCUUCUCAAAUUAAUGUUUCUAUGGAUUCUUCUGAUGGCUCUGAUUAGUCGUAUCAUCUACAGCAAAAUGGAUGUGGGUACUAAAGUGAGAAGGAAAGAGGUUUUGGGUAGUCUUUGUGAUCAAAGGGCUAGAAUGUUGCAAGACCAAUUCAGUGUUAGUGUCAACCAUGUUCAUGCUCUUGCCAUCCUUGUUUCAACUUUCCAUUAUUACAGAAACCCUUCUGCCAUUGACCAGGAAACUUUUGCAGAAUAUACGGCUAGGACCGCUUUCGAAAGGCCGCUACUUAGUGGAGUGGCCUAUGCACAAAGAGUUGUUAACUCGGAAAGAGAGCAGUUUGAGAAGCAGCAUGGAGUGGUUAUAAAGACAAUGGAAAGAGAGGCUUCACCGGUUAGGGAUGAGUAUGCACCGGUCAUAUUUGCUCAGGAAACUGUCUCUUACCUUGAGUCUAUUGAUAUGAUGUCUGGAGAGGAGGAUCGAGAGAACAUAAUGAGAGCUAGAGCUACUGGGAAAGCUGUUCUGACUAGCCCUUUUAGGUUGUUGGGUUCUCAUCAUCUCGGUGUGGUUUUAACAUUUCCUGUUUACAAAUCUAAGCUCCCUCCCAACCCAACAACAGAAGAGCUCAUUAAAGCGACCGCAGGAUAUGUUGGAGGAUCCUUUGAUGUGGAGUCACUUGUGGAAAAUUUACUUGGUCAACUUGCUGGUCAUCAAGCAAUUUUGGUCAAUGUAUAUGAUGUCACGAACUCUUCUGAUCCCCUAAUCAUGUAUGGCAACCAAUACGAAGAAGGUGAUGUUUCUCUUGUCCAUGAAAGUAAGCUUGAUUUUGGAGAUCCAUACAGGAAACAUCAAAUGAUAUGUAGGUAUCACCAGAAGGCACCGCCAAAUUGGACAGCACUUUCUACUGCAAUCCUAUUCUUUGUGAUUCUUCUUUUAAUCGGUUACAUUUUAUAUGGUGCUGGGAAUCAUAUUGUCAAAGUAGAGGAUGAUUUCCACGAAAUGCAGGAGCUAAAAGUUCGAGCAGAGGCAGCCGAUGUUGCCAAGUCACAGUUUCUAGCUACUGUCUCUCAUGAAAUUAGAACACCUAUGAAUGGCAUUUUAGGAAUGCUUGGUCUGCUUCUACGCACGGAAUUGAACUCAACUCAACGGGACUAUGCUCAGACUGCUCAAGCAUGUGGGAAGGCUCUGAUAGCAUUAAUAAAUGAAGUGCUUGACCGAGCAAAAAUUGAAGCUGGCAAAUUAGAGCUGGAAGCGGUUCCAUUUGACCUUCGUUCCAUACUCGAUGAUGUCCUCUCUCUUUUUUCAGAGAAGUCUAGACACAAAGGUUUAGAGCUGGCAGUGUUUGUUUCUGAUAAAGUUCCAGAUAUUGUUAUGGGAGAUCCUGGGAGAUUCAGACAAAUUGUAACAAAUCUUGUUGGCAACUCUGUUAAAUUCACUGAGCGAGGCCAUAUAUUUGUUAAAGUUCAUUUAUCUGAAAACAGAAAGCCCGUAACAAAUGGAAAGCAUGAGACUUAUCGAAAUGGAGGGUCUGAAGAAGUUGUGCAUGCAUCUGGCGGUUAUAAUCUCAAAACGCUAAGUGGAUAUGAAGCUGCUGAUGAACGCAACAACUGGGAUAAUUUUAACCACUUAAUUGCUGAUGAAGAGUUUUUCUGCGAUGCUUCAACUAAAAAAGUGGCCUCGAAUGAAUUUUAUGAACAAGUCACCUUGAUGGUCUGUGUCGAAGACACUGGAAUUGGAAUUCCUUUCUCGGCCCAAGAUAGGAUUUUCAUGCCUUUUGUUCAGGCAGAUAGCUCGACUUCUAGAAAUUAUGGUGGUACCGGCAUUGGUUUGAGUAUCAGUAAGUGCCUAGUUGAACUAAUGGGUGGUCAAAUAAACUUUAUAAGCCGGCCGCAGGUUGGAAGCACCUUUUCAUUUACUGCGGAUUUUGGAAUAUUUAAGAAGAAUCCAAUAACUGAGGUGAAGAAGGUUAACUAUGAAGAUCUACCAUCCAGUUUUAGAGGGCUUAAAGCCGUUGUGGUUGAUGGGAAACCUGUUAGAGCUGCUGUGACUAGAUACCAUUUGAAGAGACUUGGGAUACAAGUUAAAGUCGCAAAUGCCAUCAAUAAGGCUGUUUCCUUGUGUGGGAAAAAUGGGGCUUCCAGCACAGGGUUAUUCCAGCCUGAUAUUAUUUUUGUUGAGAAAGAUUCAUGGGUUUGUGGAGAGGACGGGAUCUUCAGUGUGCGCCAACUGGACUGGAAACAGAAUGGACAUAUAUUUAAGAUGCCUCAAAUGAUCCUUCUAGCUACAAAUAUUAGUAAUGACGAAUUUGAUAAAGCUAAAUCCGCAGGUUUUAGUGAUACGGUGAUCAUGAAGCCACUGAGAGCUAGUAUGGUGGGAGCUUGCCUUCAGCAAGUUUUGGGAACAGGCAAGAAGAGACAGCUGGGAAAAGAGAUGCCUAAUGGUUCAACUUCAGUUCGAAGCCUUCUGUUCGGAAAGAAAAUUUUAGUGGUUGAUGACAAUGUAGUAAACCGGAGGGUGGCUGCAGGUGCCUUGAAAAACUUUGGAGCGGAUGUGAAGUGUGCAGAUAGCGGCAAAGCUGCUCUUGAAAUGCUUCAAUUCCCUCACAAGUUUGAUGCUUGCUUCAUGGAUAUUCAAAUGCCAGAAAUGGACGGGUUUGAAGCAACUCGUCGAAUUCGGGAGAUGGAGAGGACAGCGAAUGAGGAGACGAAUAGUGAAUGUGGUGAAAGGAAAAGUGAAUUCCAUUUACCUAUAUUGGCCAUGACAGCAGAUGUAAUCCAUGCUACAUAUGAAGAGUGUUUGAAAUGUGGGAUGGAUGGUUAUGUUUCAAAACCUUUUGAGGAAGAGAAUCUUUAUCAAGCAGUUGCAAAGUUUUUCCAGACAAAACCUACUUCAGUAGAUUCAUGACAAAAUGCAACUUAAUUUAUAGCAUGUUCACACUACUGGCAUAUCAUUAUGCAGAGAGUAACAAUAUAUAUGAGGAUUCUUGAUUGAUACUCAAAGUAUGAAGUGUUCAUUUCUAACAAGCUCAAAGUUUGAGUGGACAUGAUUACAAUCUCAAGAGUAAAUUUAUACCCCUCAUAACUCUUCAUCCCUAGCUUGUGUAUAGAUCUCCCAAGGGAAAGGGAUGUGAAAAAUUAUGUAAAUUCCAUAUUUUUCUUAUGCAUCUCAAUACUUACUUCCUUAUUAGAAGGGUUUUUCUUUCUAGUAGUAUUUUUUGUAAAAUUGCCUCGUGUAAGAUUUUCUUAGUUUUCUUUAUAUGUUCCCAAGAAAAUGUUGGUGCUUAAUUUAGAAUGUGAGUGAUGUGGGAACUAUUAAAAAAAUAGUAUUAGAAAUAGAAAUUGAUAAUUGAAAUGUAGUCAGUAAUAAAAAAGAUUUGAGCUGGGUGUUA